CUUGUGGUUGGAAUCAAGAAAGACAGUCAAGCUCAAGAUCUUGAGGCAGCAACAAUGGAAACAGCAGCAACAUCCUCAACAUCAUCAUCAUUACCAUCAAUACCAUCAACACCCUCACCACCGUCAGCUGGUCCCAGACCGUACCUGGACCUGGAGUCUAUCUCUGCAGCUCGUGCACGUGGGUACAGCACAGAGCAAAUCUCUGAUGCCAUCAUCACCUUCUUUUACCUGACUUGCGGCCAGUUCCCCGACUCUCCCCUCCUGCUGGGUCUGCUCAAGGCGGGCACUGACAACCACAAGACGCUCUGUGACAAGACACAGGAAAACCUGGACAUCAGGUCGGAGAACCAGGUCAUAAAGUCAGAGGUCGAGGUCAUUAAGUCAGAGGUGAAGGCAAAGGACACAGAGAUCCAGGCCAAGGACACAGAGAUCCAGGCCAAGGAGAGAGAACUUCAGCGUCAGAGGUUUGAGCGUCACUGGCGUGAGCUGGCCAUGAAGACGGAACUGGAGCAGGCCUUAGAAGAGAAAGACCAGUUGAUAGUAGAGAAAAACCAUGUGAUAGAAGAGAAUAGACAAGUGAUAGAAGAGAAAGACCAUGUGAUAGAAGAGAAAGACCAUGUGAUAGAAGAGAAAGACCAGGCUCUCCACACCAAAGAUCUACAACUGUCUAUGCUGAGACAAGAGUUACAAGAAAUGCGGGAACGUCAAAGACCUCAGUCAGCUCCCCUGGACAGGAGUGACUUUGACUCAGAAGACCGAUCUGAGGAACCUGAUGUAAGAGAAAACCAGAACAGCAGUCGCAACGAGGACGUAAACCUGGUGACUUGCCAGAUGUGUCUUGACGCACCCAUGCAGGUCUUGCUUCGUCCGUGUAACCAUCUGUGCUGUUGUGCUCUGUGUGUCUCCAAACUGGACGGACGAUGCCCCAUUUGUCGACGUUUUACCACAGACAUGGAGAAAGUCUAUGUGUCUUAA